CUUUGUUGUGAAAAUAGAAUGCAAGUCACAGUUUGAUCUCGAAAGUGAUUAGUGUUUUCUGCGUAUUAAAAUUUAUUUGCAAACUCAAAGUUCAUUAAGAGAAUUGAAAAAGUUUUAAACGAUCAAAAUGCGAGCAAUUUGUAUUUUGUUGGUUUUUACCUUAGCAACUGUACUUGCUGAUGGUAUUGAUGACCCAUUAUCCGAUGAAUUUAUUGAAAUUAUUAAUCAAAAAGCAACUACAUGGAAGGCCGGCCGAAAUUUUCAUUCAUCGACACCAAAAACUUACCUACAGAGUUUGAUGGGCGUACAUCCGGAUUCGAAAAACUAUCUAAAUGAGCCAAAAAUGCUAUCCAGCAUUCGUGCCGAUUUACCGGAAAACUUUGACUCACGAGUCAAUUGGCCUAACUGCCCGACUAUCCAAGAAAUUAGAGAUCAAGGCAGUUGCGGUUCCUGCUGGGCAUUCGGUGCGGUUGAGGCAAUGAGCGACAGAGAAUGUAUCCAUAGUGGUGGCAAGUCAAAUUUCCGUUAUUCGGCAGAAGAUCUUGUGUCAUGUUGUCAUACUUGCGGCUUUGGUUGUAAUGGAGGCUUUCCUGGAGCAGCUUGGAGCUAUUGGGUGCACAAAGGUAUUGUUUCGGGUGGUGCAUAUGGCUCUCAUCAAGGCUGCCAACCGUAUCAAAUAGCACCAUGCGAACAUCAUGUCAACGGUACCCGUGGACCUUGCGAAGGAGAAGGUGGAAAAACUCCAAAAUGCGCGAAACAAUGCAACAGUGAUUAUACCGUUCCAUACAAUAAAGACAAACAUUACGGUAAAAAAUCAUAUUCAAUCGGAAAGAAUACAGAUGAAAUUCGUCAAGAAAUCUAUGAAAACGGACCAGUCGAAGGAGCAUUCACAGUUUUUGAAGAUUUACUUAGCUACAAAUCAGGUGUUUAUCAACACGUACAUGGAAAAGCACUUGGCGGUCAUGCAAUUCGAAUUUUGGGUUGGGGCGUAGAGAAUGGCGUCGAUUAUUGGUUAAUUGGCAACUCAUGGAACACCGACUGGGGUAACAAUGGCUUCUUUAAAAUUCUCAGAGGUCAUGACCAUUGUGGCAUUGAGUCUGAAAUAUCUGCUGGUCUUCCGGCAAACUCAAAUUAAUAUGAACAUUCAACUGUUCUUAUCUCUUCUCAUUUUGAUAGCAAUGAGUUUUGUAGAAAAAAAUUAAUAAAUAAAUGAUAAUAAAUUUGGACUGACUUUCUAAA